GCCCUUUUAACGUUGAGAGGUUUCCACGGAAUAAAACAAAAAGAAUUUUAUUUUAAAAAGAAAGAGGCCCAGGCAAAAUUAAUUUUUCAGCUUCGUCAUUGAUUUCCUUUUAUUUUUUUUGUUUCUGACGGGAUGGAACUCUGAGAGGUGGGCGGUGAUAAGAAGAGCGAUUCAUAAAUAAUGAAAUCUAAUUACAGUUUUUUGAAGGUAGUACACUAUAGAGCAAAAGGGCAAAAUAAAAAAAGAAGGAGAAAAAAUGUAUAACAACAUUUGAAAUUGAAUGGAGCAGCAGCGCGGGGGGAAAGGAAUUUUAGACCCCGCCCCUUUCGUGAAGAGAAGCAACAUUAGCACUUGGAAGAUGUCGGUUUUUCUUUCCCUCCUGUGUAUGUGUGUGUGUGUUUUGAUGGGUUUUAGACGCUCUGUGUGUCGGGGGCAUAUAAAUAGAAGAGAGACAAAAGGAAAAGAAGAAAAAUAAAAGAUUCUUCUUCUUCUUCUUUUUGAUGGCGCAUUCGGCACCUCUGCAGGGGUUUUUCUUGCCCCUUUUAUUUUUAUUUUGGCUUCGCUUCUUCUUGUUCCAUGUGUUUUUCCUUAGCUUUUUGUUUGCCUAUCUCGACUAUCUUUUUCGGUGUGUGGCAUCGGCUUUUAUAGGUGUCCCUGCCUCGGGUAAAGAAAAAGACGGGCGCACCGGUCGGUGGAGGUGUAGUAGUGUGGUGGUCAAGUGGGAGGGAUUCUUACAUAUCUCUCGACUAUACACAACCCGAAUAAGAAAAUCUUUUUUUCUCUCUCUCUCUCUCGAUGAUACUCACACACACAAGUCUCUUUUAUAUACACGCACACAAAAGAAGCAGGAGACUUUUGAAAUGGACGCUGAGGGCGGAGCUUGGCUCCAGAGUGGGAGGUGUCCUCAAGUCCCGCCUCUUUCUCUCUCCCGUGUACCAACUUGGGUGCUCAGCCGAAGGGGAGACUUGCGCACCCGUGAGCGCACCCCACACACAGAACCCCCCUUCUUUUUUUUUUUUUACCUUAGACACCGAACAAGGUGAAACAAACCGAAAACCAAAAAUCUCUUUUCUUCUUCUUCUUCUUCCUUUUCUUAUGUAUAACCUCCUUCUUCGUCUUCUUCUACUUCUUGGCCGUGUGUCUCUAACUGGGAGGUCGGGUGCUGCUCCUUUUCCCUCCGCCCUGCUGUGUGUGUCUGUACGCCCAGUUGUACUCACCGGUGGGGACUUUGGAGCUCAGUCCGUCAAGACACAUUGUUGUGACAACAUAGAUCCCAACAGCUCGACCAAAGAAGAAGAAAAAGUUCUUGUUCUUUUCAAAAUAUUAUUUAAAAGAAGAAGAAGAAGAAGAAGAAGAAGGCACCUGGAGACCCUCCUCAAUUUUUCGUUGUAUUCCCUUUUAGUGAAUGUUUUCACCUCUAGACCUUUCAUACCCCCCCGAUUCUCAAUGACCCACCUCUCCGAUCCGAUCCGCUCCUCUGCUCCUCCAGCGUCACCUUAUUCCUCCUCCUCCUUCUCCUCCUCCUCCUCCUCUUGGUCGACUGCUACUACCCCGCCUCCGCCGUCUCCUCCAGCUCUGCAGACUCACAGAGUGCUGGUGGUUCGGUGAUUUGCUGCCAGUUCCAUCACAGAUACCUCAUCGGCCGGUGUCCAGAGAUCGUCUCUCCGCGCUUCCUGUCGGAUAACCCACUACUUUUGACCAUUUUUUAUCCUCCUCUCCACUCUGGUUUUUUUAACUCCCCCAACAACAAAUUUUUAGAAAAACCGAAUUUUUAUUUCUGUCGAAAUUUUGGAAAAAUUUUUUUCUUAUUUUUUUUUCCGUAUUUGUCAAAACACAAAAAUUUUUUACAAAUUAAAUUGGCCCUCUGCUGACGGCUGGGCAUCGAGAGAUGGAAUGACACUCUCCCAAGAGCCGAUGCCGUUUGUCGAUCGUGUCGAAACGUCCGCGUCUAGACACCAACCCAGCGCACGAUCAGAGAUUUAUCGGCCCGCGUCUAUUCCUCGCUGUUGCCUCCAUUGAUUUCCCCAAUUCCCCUUUUUACCUCGAUCCUCAUUGGUGAUUUACAUAUCGACGGUGCCGUCGUCGUUUCAUUUCGUUCAUCGGGAUUCCCAACCAAAAAAAGUGCUACUCCGUUCGGUUCCCAAAUAUUUUCCGCAGUGUUCAAACAAGCGAAUUGAGAAAAAAGUCGAAGUAAAAAUUAGAAAAAAUGAUGGCGUCGUUCGUCGAGUGUUGGUCCAGUGCUGGAAGGCCUACGUGCUCAUCAGAGGAGGCCGGUCACGUUCGGACUCGGCGGCGGCGGAUAAGCGUCGGCGUCUGCAGCGACUGUGGCGGUGAUGGAGUCGAGCGUCCAACCCAAUCAUCCGCGUCGUCUUGUUCCUCCUCCACCACCACCACCUCCGCCACCACCACCUCAUCACGACGCCCUCACAGCAACAGACGUCGCUCGCCCGGCUCGUCAUCUUCGUCGGCCGGCUGCUGUUACUGGCUCCUGGUCCUGCUGGUGGUGUUGAGCGCGUUGCUGCCGUCACCGGCCACGGCCUGCGGUCCCGGCCGGGGUGCCAACCGCCGCCGGUCGCCGCGCAAGUUGACGCCGCUCGUCUUCAAGCAGCACGUGCCCAACGUGUCGGAGAACACGCUCGGCGCCAGCGGACUCACCGAGGGCAAAAUCACGCGCGACGAUCCCAGGUUCCAGCAGCUCGUGCCCAACUACAACACGGACAUUGUCUUCAAAGACGAGGAAGGAACGGGAGCCGAUCGACUCAUGACCCAGAGAUGCAAAGAGAAGCUUAACACGUUGGCCAUUUCGGUGAUGAACCAGUGGCCGGGCGUGAAACUGCGCGUGACGGAAGGCUGGGACGAGGAAGGCCUGCACGCGGCCAACUCUUUGCACUACGAGGGACGAGGCGUGGACAUCACGACGUCGGAUCGCGACCGCUCCAAGUACGGCAUGCUGGCCCGUCUGGCCGUCGAGGCCGGAUUCGACUGGGUCUACUACGAGUCGCGGGCUCACAUUCACGCUUCAGUCAAAUCAGAAUCUUCUCAAGCCGGUCGUCACGGAGGAUGUUUCCCGCCUGAAUCGACCGUUUUGAGCGAGAGCGGCGGAGUCAAGAAACUGUCGGAAUUGUCGGUGGGCGACCGGAUUCAGUCGAUGGACUCGCAGGGCCGUUUGGUCUUCAGUCCCGUCUUGUUGUUCCUGGACCGCGACCUGAGCGAGGAACGAGAUUUCGUCCAGCUGCUAUCGACCGACGGUGCCAGCGUGACGAUGACGGCCAGCCACCUGAUCUACACGGUGGCCAGCCAAGAUUUACUGGAGGAUGUCGACGUCGACUUGAUGAACGGACAACUUCAAUCCAACAGUUUGCACUCGGGCGAGAACAGCAGCGCCGAAGAGGAAGACCGAUUGCUGGACCAGAUGAUGGCCAAUGCUACAAUGGACCGUUUCGGGACCCGCCUGAAGGCCACCUUCGCCUCCAAAGUGCAAAUCGGCGACUGGAUCGUUUCGACUGGCCCCGACGGCCGACCCAAGCCGCAACGGGUGGUCGGCGUCUCGGCCGUGACCCAGCGAGGAGUUCUGGCACCGCUGACCGAGGAAGGGACGCUGGUGGUCGACCAGGUCGUCGUCUCCUGUUACGCCGUCAUCGACGACCAGACCAUCGCUCAUUGGGCAUUCGCUCCCGUCCGUCUCCUCAACAACGUCCACAAGAGUCUGGUCCACUUCUGGCGAGCCCUCAGCUGGUGGAAUCACGACCGGACAGAAUCAGCGAGCGGCAGCAGCAUCCCAGUCAGAAUAAGCGUCGAGGCUGAGAGAUCGAGCACCAGCGAGAGCAAACCUCCGACGCUAGUGGGCAUCCACUGGUACGCCAAAAUGUUGUAUAGGAUAGCGCGAUUUGUACUGCCCAGUCAUCUGGUCUUCAAUUGAUGACUGCUGACAUGUGCUAAGGAUGAUCGCUUCAUCUUUCUCUCUCUCUCUCUCUCUUAUGUAAUCCAUCAAUGAUCGACUAUCUUUUUAUAAUCGAUACAUUGAGACCAACACCCAAUUCUGUUAUAUCCCCGAGAGAGAGAGAGAUUUCCCGAUUUUUUUUUUAUUUGUUAAUUUUUUUUCGGUACAAUUUUCGCUCACCAAUUUCGAGCCUAUAUAUUUAAAUAUGCCCAAUGAUGUAUGAUUUGUUGAUUGCUCUCCCCCCCCCCCCCUAUCCCUCCCGAUUGUUUUUGUUUCGUUACAAAUAAGCCACGACCGAUCAACGGUCAACCAACUAUAUGAAAUGUUCCAGAAACAUAAGGAACUGCCACCAGCAAACCAGCCACCACCACUAUUACUAUUAUACACCUACAGUCCUAUUCAUAUAAAAUAAAACCAUUUUUUACUCCUCGCGUUUCCGCACUCCGCUACAAGAAAACCCGAGAUCAAUUUCCGAGAAAAAUGAAACAGCAGCAAAAAAAUAAAAUAUACCCUCCAUAAUUUUGUGAUGAUGCGUGUGUAAGAUGUAUAACAAUUGUAAAUAGGAUGAACAGUUGAGGAUUGAAGAAGAAACGACGAGGUGUUAAAAAGAAAAGACGGAAAGAAAACACAACUACCAGCCAAACUUUUGUUUUUUUUUUAUGAUGAGAGAAAUAAUCUUCUGUCCCAUAUAUGUAGUUAAUUUCACAAAAAAAAAAAGAGUGUUAAAGGUUCAACAAGUUGUACAUAAUAAAAUAGAGUGAGACAUACACACACAUACAGAUCUAUCAGUAUCUAUCGAUUACCCCCACUCCCCACCCGCACCCCCCAAUAUCACGCGUUCACCUGACCACCACCGACUUUUUCUAUGAAAAAGCCUCUCUCCCUUUUUUUUUUAUAAAACAAACUAUAUACUAUCUUAUGAAAAUUUUUUUUUACCUAUUUUACUCCGUCCGUCUCUUAUAAUAAUUUUUCUAUUUGAUGUCGAGGGAACUUUUUUGUCAAACAUUUUUUUGGUUUUAUUUGUCAGACUCUCACUGCUCUCCAGUGCCCCAAACGUUUGAAUCUUUUAUAUCAAAAUCUUGUUCUUUUCUUUUUUUAUUAUUAUUAUUUUCAGCUUUCAUUUCAUCAUUGACGGAUGAUAAAAAAUUGAAAAAAAAAAAAAACGAAACAAAAAAAUAAUUUCACCGGAAAUCGAACCGCCCUCCAAAGCUAAUACGACAACCAAUUCAUUUGUUAUUUUCGCUCUAUGAAUUCAAUUGUCGCAAGAAUAAGAAGAAAAAAAAAUAAUAAUCAUAAUGGCGAAAUGUUUUUGUUAAUUUUUUUAUUAUUAUUUUGUAAUUUCGCGCCCCUUUGUUUCUUAAUUUCUUGUUUAAAAAAAAUUGUCAUGGGACAACCCAAUUUCCGCCAUUCGGAUUGUCAACUUUGUAUAUUUCUGCAACCAUACACAUCUGUUUCAAUUAUUAUCAAACAACAA